UGCGCUCUGGCUGCGGAUCUUCAUCCAGUACCGAGCUGCAGGACAGCAGAUCCAGCAGGAACCUCCAUUCAUUUAUAGAUCAGUGCAGAUCACACCAGACGUGGUUUUCUGUGCACAUUUUGGUUCGAGUGUUUAUGGACAUAUUGAGGUUACUGGUCAGUCCUGACUCCGCCCCUCUCUCCCUCCAGACCGGGACCACCGCCCAACUGACCCCUUUUUACUUUCGUUUCCGCUGGUUGUGUCGCAGUAAAAGUUGCAGAAGGUUUUCAAACUCAGCAGAGUGACGUCAUGGCUGCAGCACCAGUGCCAGAUCAUCAGAUGUUACGGCAGCUGAGAAGAAGCUAUGAAUUGCUGCCACCAAACAUGUCAGAUGACCCACAACCUGUAAAGCGAAGAAGCAGCUACCCAUGGAAGCGACCUAACUUGUCUGAGCUGAGAGUUGUUCUGCUGGGGAACAGCUGGUCUGGGAGGAGUUCAGUGGGGAACUCCAUACUGGGAAAGACUCUGUUCAGCACUGAGGAACCAGACUGCUGUGUGAGAGUCAGAGGACAGUUAAAGGACAAAGAAAUAGUUCUCAUCAACACUCCAGAUCUGCUGCAUCCCAACAUCUCUGAAGACAAACUGACACAACAUGUAGAAAUCUGUGUGAGACUCUCUGAUCCUGGACCUCAUGUGUUCCUGCUGGUUCUACAGCCUGAAGACUUCACUGAGGAACACAAACUGAGACUCUGUGGAGUCCUUGAAAAGUUCAGUGAUGAAUCAUUUGAUCAUUCUCUGAUUCUGAUAUCAACACCCAGAGAGGAGAGUUCAGCUUUCGAAGAUUCUCCAUUGAAAGAGAUGAUCAGAAUGUGUAGAUACAGAUAUCUGAAGCAGGAAAACCUUGAACAUCCAGAGCUGUUAACACGUUUGGAGGAUGCAUGUUUGAAAACAAAACCAAAGGCUGAACACAUGAAACCAGCUCUAAACGUGGUUCUGUGUGGGAGGAGAGGAGCAGGGAAGACCUCAGCAGCCAAGGCCAUUUUAGGUCAGACAGAGCUUCAUUCAGUCUCCAGCUCAGAGUGUGUUAAACAUCAGGGGGAGGUGUGUGGACGUUGGGUUUCCCUGGUGGAGCUGCCUGCAUUGAAUGGAAAACCUCAGGAGGAAGUGAUGGAGGAGUCAUUCAGGUGUAUCUCCCUCUGUGAUCCUGAGGGCGUCCAUGCCUUCAUCCUGGUCCUUCCUGUGGGUCCCCUCACUGAUGAAGACAAGAAAGAGUUGGAGACCAUCCAGAACACUUUCAGAUCUCGAGUCAAUGACUUCACCAUGAUUCUGUUCACUGUGGAGUCAGAUCCUCCAACUUCUGCUGUUAACUUUCUAAAGAAAAACAAGGACAUCCAGGAGCUCCGUCAGAGCUGUGGAGGAAGACAGUUUGUCCUCAACAUCAGGGACCAGCAGCAGAUCCCAGAGCUGUUGGCUGCUGUGGAAAGGAUGACAGUUGAAGGAUCCAGAUGCUUCACAAAGGACACGUUCACCAAGGCUCAGAUGGAGAAGGUCUCAGAACUUGAAGCUGAACUGCAGAAAGUAAAGCAGAGAAAUGUCAUGGAAGGUUACGGUGAACAUGAGAGCAGAGAGCCUCUCAGGAUGGUGCUGAUUGGGAAGACCGGCAGCGGGAAGAGUACAACAGCAAACAUCAUUUUGGGCAAAAAGCAUUUCCAAACCUCAAUCGCCACAAAGCCAAAGAUCAAAUCCUGUGAGAAAGCAACAGGAGAGAUUGAUGGGUGGCCUGUCGUUGUCGUCAACACUCCCGGCUUGUUUAAUACAACUCUGUCUGAGGAUGAAAUUCGGAAGGAGCUUCAGAAAUGCAUCAGCAUGUUGUGGCCUGGACCUCAUGUGAUCUUCCUGUUGCUGCAGAUCGGGAACAUCACACCAGAAGAAAAAGACUCUGUGGAGCUGAUCAAGAAGGUUUUUGGCAAGAAUUCAGGAGAUUUCAUCAUCCUUAUAUUCACCAGAGGAAAUGAACUGGAGGAUCAGUCAUUUGAGAGUUAUAUCGAAGAUUGUGAUGACUUUGUUAAACAACUCAUAGAUGACUGCGGAGGGAGAUACCAGGUGCUCAAUAACAAAGAUGACAUAAACCGCACACAAGUCAGAGAGCUGCUGACCAAGAUUGACACCAUGGUGAAGAAAAAUGGAGGCAGCUGCUGCGCCACUGUGGAGCAAGUUACAAAACAGGAACAUCAUGAAGAAAUGCAACAGAUGAAGUUAGGACUUGAAGCAAAAAUGUCUGAAAUGGCAGAGAGUGCUAAACAACAAGGGGAACAAAGUAAGCAUCUGGAGGAACAAAUUAAAAAACUGGGAGUAGAACUGCAAAGCAUGAAGCUGCAACAGGCUCCAAAAAAGAAAAACAAAUGGCUCUUCCGGUGAUUAUGUAGAACAUCAAACAUAUACAAGAAAUACACUCAGGAAAUUGGCCUCCUAACAUCUUAGAUAAUCCAUUUUAACAAUUUGGAUUGGGAUUUUUUCAUGCUUGCGCUAUCUUGUGCACUGUAUCUGCAUGUUUUUAAUGAACUGGAUAAACUUGGAAAGCCAUCCGUUCACUAGAUAACAGCUGCCUCCAACUGAUAUUGGACAGUCCCACUUUAAACACAAGAUGUAAGCUCCACCCUCAAUUAGUUUAACUAAGUGUAACCUUGUUAUAAAUUACCUGACAACUCAUGUUUUAUACAUUGUUGAAUCCAGUCUAUUAGAUAUACUUUCUGGGCAGUUAUUUGCUGAAAGAACUGUCCCAUGCUCCAUUCCUUUUUUGGCACCUAACAGCUGACUAAAACAUACUUCCAACAAGAACUGAGCACAAAAAUGCUCUAAUUGUAAUAUUCAAAUUUAGUGGAAACAAAGUUCUUCUGUUUUAUGUGCUGUUAUUACAGUGACAGUGGAGAGAUGACGAGGAAUGGAGAGCGUAACACAUUUUUCCUGCCUGGAUGUUAGUUUAUUGCCAGUAUCUUGUUAUCAUAUGGAUUUUUGAGUUUUUCCUAAGAGCUCAUUUGACUUUUUUAUUGACUGAGGCUCUUCAGAGUCCUGAAACUGUUUGGUGAUUGUUCACUGGUUCGGAUGUCAACACCCAGAGAGGAGAGUUCAUCUUUCAUGGAUAAAGAUGCAGCACAUCAGCCCUUAAAAGACAUAAUCGGAAAAUGUAGAUACAGAUAUCUAAAGCAAAAGAACAUUAAACUUCCAAAGCCGUUAACCCAUUUGGGUCAAACAACCAACAAGAAGAAUGGAGAGUAUGACAGCUGUGAUGUAUUUGAGGGUGAGGACGCAGGUUUGAUCAUGACCCCAAAGUCUGUGUCUGAACCCAACGAACUAAAGCAAAGGACACAGAUGGAAGAAGAAGAAGAAACAAUGAGACUGGCAUCGGGACAAAAAACUGAUUCUUCUUGUUUGCUGAAUACUUUGAUAUUCUCCACAGAGAUUACAAGAGAUCAAGCAAAAUUUAAACAGAGCCCGGAGAAGAAAACAUGCUUCAGAAAGCUCCAAAGAUAGAAUUUUGUGCUUGUGCUGUAGGUCAAAUACAUUAUUAGGGCCUUGGGGCAAUCGCACCGAGCACUGGUCCCAUACAACAAUAGCUGUAGGGACCAGUGCUCGGGGCAAAGCUGUUAUACUGUGGAUUUCUUAGUCUUCCUCUUCCGGACGCAAUUUCGUCCCACUACUAGUCCUACAACUUGAAGAGUUGCAGGACAAAUUAUAUAUCAAAACGUGCGGUUUGAUCGGGAUCGGUGUGUUAUUACUGUUCUCUACAGAAUACGAAAAACUGCCCAAAAUUUUGCAUUGAAAUGAAUGGGACGGCCAACAAAAAAUGAGCAAAAAAGAACAAUAAUUGGAGAUUUUUAAACGUCUACUUCUCUGGCAUAAUUUCACCUAGAGACUCCAUUUAAACAGUAGACACAAGUCUUAUGUAUCGGUGUAUUAAUUCACGUUUCGAUAGGUCAUAUAGUUUUUUAUCAAUCCCUGUUCAAUAACCAUGAUCAUUUUUGGAGAAAUUCUGAGAUUAUAAUGGGUGUGUAUUGCACGGAAUGUUCGUGCCACAGUGUGUGACAUCAUCGCCAGAGUGUAGAGGGAGAGGUAAAACUGUCAAAAAAUAAUUUGAAUACUGCGCUCCAGGCUGCAAAUUUCACUCUACAGAAAUAAUUUAUACAUAGAAACGUAGGAAAAUUUGUCUUCUCACUCAAUCCUCUGGUAAAGCUGUCAGAGUUAUAGUUUGGGCGUACGACGCACCACCAACAUGCAUCAACAGCCUCAUUGGCUCCCAUAUUAAAAACGGAAAUUUAACAGUUUUUUAGAUCGCUCUAACAAAGCUAUUUUUUUAUUUUUCUUAAAAAUAUAUGUAGAUGUUCAGGAAGAACUCGGGACGCUCAAAGUGAAGUCGGAUCAAUGAUAGGUAUUAUGGUUUUGCCAAAAAUGCUUUCUGUUCGAGACCAGAAAUUCCAGUCCACCUCUGGCUGCUGUCACUCUUUCAUUAACAGGUGUCAGUUAAUUCGGUUGAUUGCUUUGAUCUGAUUGCCUUUGAUCUUUGAUGUGAUUACAGUUACAGAUACACACACAUGCGCGUAAGCACGCACACUCCUCAGACAUGCA